CAAUUAUGAUCGGUCACGAAGUAUGGAUGACGUCAACCGUGACCGCAUUGCAAGCACUGAGUCUUUCGGAUCUGCUGGUGACUAUCCAAUUAUUGCAACACUUCCUCGCCAUGAUGUACGAGAUCGACGUGAUAAAAAACAUGGUGACCAAGCCACCUAUCCAGGAUGGGGCAUGCAAAACCAAUACGGCGGCAAUGAAGAUGGUAAAGUGGUCUCUCUCCCCAACGUUAACGAGGCUGACAGAUAUGAUAGACCAAGCUCUCCAGACAGUAUUAAGACUGCCGACUACUCGGGUGGAGAAUAUGAUGCAAGGUCCACAGAAGGUGGUAUGCCCAUCUCCUACCUCAAAAGGCCUCCUUCCAACAAGGACGAGAAAAAGCGAGAGAAGGAACAAAAGAAGAGGGAGGAGGAGGAACGGAAGAGGCGAGAAAAGGAGGAGAAGGAGAGAAAGAAAAAGGGCAUAAAUGAUAAACUAUCAAAUUCCGAAGACCGUCUUGGCAAAAUGACUGAUGAUGAUUCAGUAAUCAGGGCUGAUGCAGUUAAACCAGUUGCAGCAGACCUUGAAACUAGUAACAACCUUAAGAAUGGACAGAAACCUCAGGAAGAACCUGAAGUUGCUGCUGAGAAAGAGAAGCCUAGUGUCAAUGGAGAACUCUAUCCCAGUGCUGUGCCCUUGACCGAUGCAUGCAAGUGUCCAGAAGGAAAAAGUUACGGCCUUCCAGAAGCUCCUCUCGAUAAAGGUAUGGUCCGAAUGGUGUGGCAUACAGUCCUGCGGCAGAUUGUUUGGUCCAAAUGGACAACUGUACGAACCAGACAGAAGAUUUUAUGCUCCUGAUGGCAAAGGUUAUGGCCCUGGUCGCAAAAUAUUUGCUCCUGAUGGUAGAAUAUAUGGUCCUGAUAACAAACC